GGGUACGGUGAUUACGAAACUAGGUAGCAGAUUGUGUAAGUGUUAGCUGCUUAAGAUAAACUUGUGAAUUUUUUAUCAGACUAAAGGAAGGGUUACUCGCGAUCGUGAUAUCAGAAUAGUGAAAGCUUUCUAUGAAUAUAUAUGCAAUUAUUCGUUACAUCGGUUUUUAGUGUAACGUUUUUAAAAUACUUAAUAAUGGCAAAAAAUAUAGAAAGGAAAAGAAGUGAGUUAUGGCAGAUGUUAGAAGAGGUUGAUGAAACAUAUGCAAUUUGUAAUAUUUGCAAAGCACAGUUGUCAUAUAAAACUUCGCUAACAAAUCUAAAAAAACAUAUCCAAAAUAGACAUCCUUUGGUGGAGCUACGAACCCAAAAAGUAUAUAUGUACUAAUUUUACCGUUUCCAAUAUAAAAUUAAUAUUUCUUAAUUAGUAGAGACAUGCAAUGCAUACAACAACUUCUGUUAUUCAAACGCCCUCUGACUCGGAAAUAGAAAUUGAUACUGCACCAGGAACUUCGAGACAAAUUGUAACGGUAGCAGAUGGAAUGAUGCAACAAAGUACAAUUUCUUUACCACAAACAACAAUAACUUCUGGUUUUAACAGGACAAAGAUAUCUGCGAAGACAAAAAAGGGAAUCGAUAAUGCGCUGCCUCUGCUGUUUAUAAAGGAUUUGCAGCCAUUUAGCAUUGUAGAAGAUGAUGGAUUCCCGGAGUUUGUGAAAGCCCUAAAGCCUGAGUAUCAGUUGCCUAGCCGCCAUUCAAUUUCAAACACUAUAAUACCUGUAGUAUAUGAAACGUGCAUUGCACAAAUGAGGGAAAAAAUAAGCAAAGGCUCCAAAUUCUGCAUAACAACAGAUUGUUGGACAUCACGCAGCACAGUUAGCUAUAUUGCCGUAACAGCUCAUUUUGUCAAUACAAAAUUUGAUAUGUGUAGUAUAUUAUUGGAAUGUUGUCAAAUGACCGAAUCGCAUACCUCAAAAAAGAUGUCAGCAGAAUUAAAGAGGAUUGCUGAAGAUUGGAUCAUUUCUGGUAACAUUUUGCUUGCGGUAUCUGACAAUGACUCGAAUAUAAAAAAUGCGAUUCAAAACGAUUUAAAGUGGCAGCAUUUUGAAUAUUUCGCACACACGCUAAAUCUUAUAGUAGAAAAUGCGUUCAGUAACGAUCAAGUGUGUAUAACAUUGCAAAAAGUAAAACAAAUCGUUACACACUUUGGGAAAAGUGUAGCUGCCAACGAUAAUUUUUUAACAUUUCAAUCAAUUAAACUCAUUCAAAGUAUAGAAACCAGAAUUCAGGAUUCAGAACCAGGAAUUCCACUCUUAAUAUGAUUGAGCGUUUCGUGCAAGUUGAAGAUGCUGUUAAAAGUACAAUUGCAAUUGAUAAAGACUUACCAAUAAUUAGCUCAGAUGAAUGGAUACUAUUGAAACGCCUGGUAGCUAUUUCGAAGCCAUUCGAACAUGCAACAAUUGAAAUAAGCGGGCACAAGUAUUGUACUGCUGCUAUGGUGAUUCCAAUUGUGAAUGGACUAUUGCAAGUUCUAACUA